CCCACAAAGAUCACCGGAGUCAUUUCGGUGGGAAAUGAUAUAAGCACAGUUUUCUCAUCGGCCUUCCUAGCUUACUACGCCGGUCGGGGACAUCGACCGCGAUGGAUAGCCUUUGGUCUUGUUAUUUUGGCGGUAUUCUGCCUGCUCAUGCUCUCCCCGCAGUUAAUCUAUGGACCUGGAGAGGACGCCCUGAGGCUGACAAGAGAAUAUGGGGAGUCCAUCGUUCAUACUCUUAAUGGAACUAAACGGGAUGAAGCUCUUUGCCAGAAGGAUAAGCCCAGUUGCUUGGAGGACCACGCUCCUAGCGACUUUAUGCCGAUUAUGAUAUUCUUCUUGGCGCAGUUUGUCUGUGGCAUUGGAUGCUCCUUGUUUUAUACUCUGGGCCUAUCCUACAUGGAUGACAACUCCAAGAAGUCGAAGUCCCCAGCCAUGAUAAGUUGGUCGGCUUUCCUGCGAAUGCUGGGACCGGCCAUCGGAUAUUCGUUGGCCUCGGUUUGCCUUCGUCUAUACAUCGAUCCCUUCAAAGAGCCGUUGAUUAGCAAAGAGGAUCCUCGCUGGAUAGGGGCGUGGUGGUUGGGAUGGAUUCUUUUGACCGUAAUCCUGUUGAUCUCAGCAUUCUUUGUCGGCCUGUUUCCUAAGGAGAUGCCCAGGGCCAGAGCCAGGCGUUUAAAGGCCGCCACUGGCACCGAGGUGGAGUCGCCACUGGCGGAGCGCUCUUUUAAGGACAUGGUGCAAGUCAUGAAAAGAUUGUCGGUCAACAAGGUGUACAUCUACAAAACAAUCGGCUCCAAUCUGUACUUCUUCGGGUACAUUCCCUACUGGAUAUUCACCCCCAAGUAUAUCGAGAUCCAGUUCAGGCAGAGUGCAGCCAUGGCCAACAUGGCCACCGGAACUGUGGCAUUAGGAUUCUCUGCCGCAGGAAUCCUCAUUUCCGGCUAUGUAGUAUCAAAAUUUAAGCCAAGUGCUCGGGCCAUGGCUGCCUGGAACUGUGUCGUUGACUAUCUGACGGUGGCCGGGAUCAUAUGCUACAUACUCAUUGGCUGUGAACCGAGCGACAGGAUGAACUCCCUGGCCACACUCUCCGCCGGCGACAGCUGCAGUCUAUCUUGUCACUGUGAUUACGUGCACUUCGCUCCCGUCUGCAGUCCGGCAAACGAAACUUUUAUAUCUGCCUGCCAUGCUGGAUGCUCGGAGAAGUUGACGGAUGAUCAAGGACGAACCACGUACACUGGCUGCAAGUGCAUUUCCUCCUCCCUCUCUCCUAACCUGACUGUCCCUGAUGAGAACCAAUUUGCCUCUGACGGAGUCUGUCCAGUCGACUGUUACGACCAGUUCCUCAUCUACCUGGCCGUCAUGUGCCUGCUAAAGUUCGUUGGGGCCACUGGGCGUUCGACUGAUCUGCUACUGGUCCUUCGCUGUGUUCCGGCUGAGGACAAGACCAUUGCGCUGGGCAUUGGCAGCAUGCUCUUCUCCGUUAUGAGCUUCAUCCCAAGUCCCAUUGUGUUCGGCUGGAUCCUGGACAGCUAUUGUCUGGUCUGGGGCAAGACCUGCAGCACAAAGGGAAACUGCUGGCUCUACGAUACCAGCUCUUUGAGGUACACAAUGAAUCUCGUGUCCGCAACGCUCAUUUUAGUCGGUAGCUUCUGGCACAUUGCCGUCUGGUAUUAUGCCAAGGAUAUCAAAAUCUUCGACGAUGAGGAGGUAUCAAAAAAUCCACAAAAGGAGGAACAAGAACUAACCGAGCUGAUGGAAAAACCUAGUAAAAAUGAUAAGAAUUGAGACAAAAGUAAAUAUACCCAAGAGG